AUGCCCGAGCUAGCGGAAGUGUCGCGCAUAGUUCAUUUCCUUCGCCAACAUCUUGUUGGCAAGGUCCUUUCCAAGGUGUCUGUGCAGAACGAUGAUAUCAUCUACGGUAAAGCCGGAACCACCGCCGCCGAGUUCCAAAAAGCAAUGGAAGGAAAGAAAGUUGUUGGUGCUGGACAACAGGGCAAGUACUUCUGGAUUACUAUGUCAUCACCGCCUCAUGCUGUGAUGCAUUUUGGCAUGGCGGGCUGGCUGAAAAUCCGGAAUGCCAACACAUAUUACUAUCGGACAGACAAGCCGGAAGAUAAGGAGUGGCCACCAAAGUAUUGGAAGUUCUUGCUCGAGACCGACGGGGACCCAAAGACAGAGGCUGCUUUUGUUGAUUUUCGUCGACUUGGGAGGAUACGCCUGGUAGACUGUCCUGCAGACGAGAUCCGUAAAUACAGUCCACUGAAAGAGAAUGGGCCGGAUCCAGUCGCGGAUAAAGAUAUUGUGACGAAGGAGUGGCUAGCGAAGAAGCUAAGGAGCAAAAAGGUCCCCGUAAAACCACUUCUCCUCGACCAAGCAAACAUAAGCGGAAUCGGCAAUUGGAUGGGAGACGAAAUUCUCUAUCACGCCAAGAUCCAUCCUGAGCAGUACAGCAACACCUUGGAUGACGACCAGAUCAAGGAGCUCCAUUCAGCGCUACAUUACGUCUGCUCAACAUCUGUGGACCUACUAGCGGACUCUGAAAAGUUCCCGGCCAACUGGUUGUUCAAGCAUCGCUGGAGUAAAGGCAAGAAAAAUGCCUCAUUUGUGCUGCCAAAUGGGGAAAAGAUUACUUUCCUUACGGUGGGCGGUAGAACCAGCGCAGUGGUUCCGAGCGUUCAGAAGAAGACAGGGCCAGUAGCCAAAGAAAUCAAGAAUGACGAUGUCAGCGAUGCACCGAGUAAGCCAAAGCGGAAGCGGGCAUCAGUUAUCAAGGAAGAGAGCGAGUCCGAAGCCAGCGAAGAGGAUGCCAAACCCAAAAAGACGGGAUCCAAGAGACAGAACAAGAAGACCAUCAAGACUGAAGACGAAGAUGAGACGAAGACUAAGCCGGCAGAAGCAGAGCCCUCUACAAGGAGGCGCUCAAACCGGCUUAGGAAAUGA